UGCCUCGCUCCACCGCAGUGUGACUCUCCCGCUCCUCCGUGUCGCGCUCAGGCCUCGCUCCCCGACAAACAGCCUCUUCAGACGCGUUCACUGUGACGGGUUUGUUGUGAAGUGACGGAUGGUGAACUUCCCCGUGGACUCUCUGAUGAACUGUAGCUGCUGUGCUUAUCAGACACGACAUAAAGAGCCGAGUUUCCUCGAAGCUAUCAUGCUGAACACCGAGGAAAGUUCCUGGUUAGCGGGGUCUCGGUUACCCAGCUCAAACCCUCAGGCUCCGGGGCCUCUGUGGUGCUCCGAUGCCCCUCACCCACAACUAAAGAUCCCGGGUGGGCGAGGGACUGUAAGGGAUCACUGUCUCGGCGUGCUACUACACAAGGAUGAGAAGCUGACAGUGACACAGGGAGCUACGGUGAGUGGGAACCCCUCUCUUCUCCACUUCCACUACCAGCUGAGUGAGCGCCACUCGGCCUCCUGGGAUACAGCUCUCUCUGAGGACAGCCUUUUCCUGGAGAUUCCUGCCGGGCUGCUGGCCGAGGGGAGCAAGGAGGGGCUAACUGCUCUGCUCGAGUUUGCGGAAGAGAAGCUCAAAGUUAACUAUGUGUUCCUGUGGUUCCAUAAAAACAGAGAGGAUCGAUUGUCCGUCAUCAAGACCUUCCACUACAUGGGCUUUGAGAUGGUGAAGCCAGGAAACCCAUUGGUACCGGCCCGGCCCGAUCUGGUCUUCAUGGUUUACUCUCUGGAGAACAGCAGCUCCGAUGAGGAGUGACCUGACACCUCCAUCGCCCACCCUGCCCCCGAAAAAAAAGAAUCAUGCCCCUCUAACCCUUGCUUGCUUGAACAAUCAACAAUCAACCACCUCAGCUCUCUUGCUCUGACACAAACCCAGGCCUCCACCUCAGAGAUCCGUCAUCGCUUACUGGGAGGUUUCACCCUUUUCCUUUACAGACUUGUGAUUUAAGGGGGUGUUGAGGAGAAGUAUGAUUUCCAUGUGACGCCCACGCCCUCGCCUCCUCUUUGUCCCUUUCCCUGAGGAUAACUGCAGGAAUGGUGAAGGUUGAACUAAGUUGUCACAUGCACUGUGGGAUUUGGGUUUUUCUUUUUUUGUGCUUGGUGGUUCCUUUGUUGGCCACAUUAUUUGUUUGUGCUGCCACUGACAAGACAAAGAACUGUUAGAAAUUCAGGAUGAGGUGGUGUUUUACAUUAAAAUUCAGCAUAUCUCUCAUCUGACAGCUUUCUACCUUUUUAUAAGAUAAGACUUUGGUUUGUCUUUGCGUGCUUUAUAUCAUGCAAACUGUAUUAGACGGCGUAAAGAGAGGGAAUUGAGGGUUUGAUAAUAAAAUGUUUAGCAUUAUAAUAUAGAUGGGUGAACGCCUGAUCUUUUACAAUUAACGUUGAAGCACAUGUUAUAUUUUCUUUAUCCUUAAAUAUGUCAAGACGUCAUUCCAGCACUUGUCGGGCACGCGUUUUAUUUUUGAAUUUUUUCCAUCUGUCCAAAACCAUCAUCUUGCCACAAAUGUGGAAAUAACACUGCAAAUCUCUCCAGGUGUGUUGAAGCCAAGAAGCAGUUUGUGUGCGUGCGUGUGUGUGUGUUGAAUGUUGCAACAUGUGGUAAGGAGGACAGCCUUGCUGUUUUUAACUUUCACACACAGAAACGCUUUCAGGUUAAAUCUUCUCACACACAUUAAGCUGAAUAAUUGUUGAUGUGAGACUUUCACGUUAAAGCUCCACUUGCUGUUACUCUUCAGUUUAAAUGUGCACAUAAUGUUUAUAUCUAGUGAAGCUGUAGCCCCGGGUUUGUCUUCUGUCUACGGUCGAGUCACAGAGAUGAAAUGUAAUCUUUCAAAGAACAAUUUUUCCAUAGAUCUUUACCCCAAUGUUCAGAUAUUAAAAAGAUGAAGACAAUAGUCUGAAUAGUAAACAGCACUUUCUGAUCAUAAAUAAUCAAUCAUGUUUGUAAACAUGAUUGAAAUAAUAUCUUAUCCAGAAAAAGCUCAUUAGUCCACAUAUUAACAAGAUGAUUCUGGAAAUCACCCAUGCUGUUAAUUGUGCUACGUUUUCAUGAUGUCAAACUGAUUUUUUUUAUCUCUGUGACGUGACUAAUGAUGACCUUGUGGUUGUUUCAGCUUCAUUCAGCCCUGUAGACAGGCUCAGUAGUGACUACCGAUGGAAAGCUGGAUUUGAAGCAGGGCUUUUUGUGCCUGGAAAAAAAAGCGAGAGUGCAAUGUUAUGGUUUUUUACUUGGGAGUCUUAUUGAGGAAUGUGUUUAUCUAUUUUUCUUAACCCCAUGCAGGUUCACAUCCAGGCUGUGAGAGGAAAUAAGCUCAUCGUAGAUCUCAACCAGAGCACUUCAGGUGAUUGAACGUAUAUGCAAUUAGACUUAAAACGCAUGGUUUAUUUUUACUUUGUUUAUCUUUGUGGCUUUUAUUAGAUGGAACAAAAUGCCAAAGACUCCAUUCUUUCUGCCGUAGGUUUUAAAUCCUCUUGCUUUUAAAUUGAUUUGAAACCUAGUGUGGUAUGUAAAGCAAUAUUGACCUACAUUCCCCAUGCCAGCCAUACUUCACACGUCAGAAACAUGACGGAUGUGUUCAUGUUGGAGUGAGGGCCUCACUUUACUUAACUUCUUCUGCAUGUUUUCACUUCAUACCAGUCUUCAUUGCUACUGAUCGAGCCCUGACAAUAAGCUGUUAGGAAAUGUCAAUAUUAGAACUUUCUCAGAGGUCUAUUUUUAUGUAUGUAUAUUUCCCAAAUGUUUAUUGUGAUAGUUAGGGGUUUAUUUUUGUUUUCAGUGAUUAGUUAGCAGCCGCUCAAUGACGAUCCACUCUUGUGUACGCUGGAAAUGUUUGUCUUGGGGGGGAGAAAAACAAUAAAUGUUGAUAUGUA